GCCGCCGCUAUGCUGCUGGCUGUUGCCACUGCUGCUCCGCAGUACUCUUACAGGUGGAUUGCUUCCGAACCUGCUUCAUUCGGACAGAAAAUCUACGCACAAGCAUCCGGAGAACCAAAGCCUAUCGCUGAAGCUUCCGAAGAGUCCAAAUCCUUACCCCAAGCUUUCGAAGAGCCACAGCCAUUUACUCAAGCUUCCGAAGAGCCACAGCCAUUCGCUCAAUCUUUCAGAGAGCCAAAGCCCUUCGCCCAAAGUUCUGAAGAGCCAAAGCCAUUCGCUCAAGCUUUCGGAGAGUCGAAAACUUUGGGUCAAUCUUUUGGAGAGUCAAAGCCCUUCGCCCAAGCGUUUUGGCAGCCGAAGCCCUUCUCUCAAGCUUCCCUAGAGUUCAAACCAUUCUCUCAAGCUUUCGGAGAGUCAAAGCCCUUCGCCAAAGGUUCCGAAGAGCCAAAUCCAUCCGCUCAAGCUUCCGCAGAGUUGAAACCCUUUGCUCAAUUUUCCAGAGAGUCAAAGCCUUUAGCCCAAUCUUCCGAAGAGCAACAGUCAUUUGCUCGACCUUCGGAAGAGCCAAAGCCAAUUGCUCAAGUUUCUGAAGAGCCAACGCCCUACAGCCCAUCAUCUGAAGAAACUAAACCUAACGCUCCUAAAGCCUAUUCCCCCAGUUACGAAGAGCCUGAGCCAGCGUACCCCAAAUAUGCUUUUGAGUACUCCGUCAACGACCCUCACACCUACGACAUCAAGAGCCAGAAGGAGGAGCGCGACGGAGACGUCGUCAAGGGAGUUUACGAGCUGGUAGAACCUGAUGGCUCCAAGAGGAUCGUCACAUACUCCGACGAAGGUCACGGUUUCCAGGCUGUCGUGACCAAGGAGUCUGCCAAGGGCUACUCCCCUGCCCCAGCGUACGCCUCUAAGCCAGUUGAAGCUCCAGCGCCCGCUCCAGUGUACCUCAAGCUAUCACACCCAUCUCUUGUGCCAUACAAGAAGUACUGAAUACACCAAUUGAUCUCCUAUAUCCAUUUUAACCAUCAUGUAUAUAUGACAUCUCAUUAGUUUUUAUUUUUUUACUAUCCAAAUAUAAAUUAAAUCUUAAACUUGUGUUCUAA